UUCCAUGACACCGGAAGUAAACAAACAUGGCGGAUGGAGAGGGAAGCACAUCGAAAAACGAUGAAAUUGUCAAAGCAGCACAAAAUGAGAUUGCACAGGCAAUGAAUAAAGCAAUGAACAAUAUUUCAAACAAUUCCAAAGAUGAAGCAACGUCAAAUUCCCUGAAAGAUUCGUCUAUAGUCACAGAACAGGACAUUGAAUAUGUUCAACCGAUGAAAGAUCCAUACAAUAAAGCAAUUACUUACUUAGAAAACCAUAAUAUUCUUCAACUCUUUCAGCAACUAACAGCUAGUAUUGUAUACACAAAGCCAGAAAAGCCUUUAGAAUACAUGAUGAAUGAGGUUGAGAGAAUGAAAAAAGAAAGAGACCAAGAAAAGAGCCAGGAAAAGAAAUGAUUUUUAUUUUAAUGUUUCAUCAAUAUUUUGGCUCAUUUUGAAUUUUUCAUCAGCUGUGAAUUUAUAUUUUAUCUGAGCCGGUCAUGAUUCAGAGAUUAGUUUUAAAUGAAAUUCAAGCAAUAUGUUCACACUUCUGUAUUAUAAUCUUUAGGGUAAACUUGGUUAUACCAAUUUCUUUCUUGGUAUUAAAAUUUCCAAAUAUUA